AACAAGAAAAGAAAUGAAAAAACGAUCUGUGUUCUAGGGCUCCUGUCGGCCGUCGCUCUUUGAAGGCUCGAAGUCGAAGGAUAAGAUUUGGGUUUGUGUUUGGGAGAUUAGCUUCAGUUUCAUCAGGACUAAUCAAGUGCGCAAACUCAUUAGUGCCUCAUCUUCGUUCUCACAGUUUUCUACUUCUCUUUGUUCGUAUUUUAUCGCAACUUCAGUUUCGGUCAACCUCGGCUUUGUGAAAUUGACGACUUCAGUUUCGGCUUAAUCUUCAUCAAUCGCAAACUUUGCAUUAUCAUUGUCAGAAUCGAUUUUGAAUCUUCUUCUAGAGCGAGUCGUGUUUUGUCAGUUGACGAUUGUGAGAAGUCGCUCAUUGCGUCGCCAAUUCGCAUAACCCAAUCUCAGAUGCUGAUUUUAAUGCUUUAGUCACCGAAGGACCAGUGGCAAAUCUAGAGACAAGUUGGCAUGAACUCAUGGCAUGCCUUGGGAGGAGUCUUUAUUACUAUACAAGGAAGUUUUCAAUCAAUCAGAGGGGUGUACACUUGAGCAGCAUCACGGCACCAUUUGUGACUCAUUCAUCAUCCAUAUUGUUUAGGAAGGGUUACUGUAAACUAUCCAAUAGUUUGAGUUCAGAUACACGUGAAAUUCCUCAUGCAACUUCUAGUAUUAUGGGACUUUCUGCUGAACGCGAACGAACACUACGUCAAGAAACAAAUUUUGAUUCUGGGAAGCAAAAAGAUAGAAUGAUGGAUUAUGAUUCUUCCAGUGGAAGAGUAAUGCUCAUCGAUGGUACAUCAAUUAUUUAUAGGUCUUACUACAAACUUCUUGCAAGGUUGCAUCAUGGGUUUCUCUCACAUGCUGAUGGCAAUGGAGAUUGGGUCUUAACUGUAUUUACAGCUUUAUCUCUGAUAAUUGAUGUUCUAGAAUUUAUCCCUUCACAUGUGGCGGUGGUUUUUGAUCAUGAUGGGAUGCCAUUUGGUCAUACAUCUGUUUCAACCAAACAAAGUUUUGUUGCAAAAGGCAUGACUUUUCGUCACACUCUCUACCCAUUAUACAAGAGCAAUCGUCCUCCUACACCUGAUACUGUAGUUCAGGGGCUUCAAUACUUGAAAGCAUCAAUCAAGGCUAUGUCCAUUAAAGUUAUUGAGGUGCCUGGUGUUGAAGCUGAUGAUGUCAUCGGGACAUUGGCUGUAAGGAGUGUUAAUGCUGGAUUUAAGGUACGAGUUGUCUCCCCAGACAAAGAUUUUUUUCAGAUUCUAUCGCCUUCAUUACGUCUUCUGCGAAUUGCUCCACGUGGAUUUGAAAUGGUGUCCUUUGGGGUGGAGGAAUUUGCUUUAAAAUUUGGAGAUUUGAGACCUUCUCAGUUCGUUGAUGUAGUCUCACUCAUGGGUGACAAAUCUGAUAAUAUUCCAGGGGUUGAAGGAAUUGGAAAUGUCCAUGCUUUGGAAUUGAUUACGAAAUUUGGUACGUUGGAGAACUUGUUACAACAUGUUGAUCAAGUUGAAGAGGAACGUAUCAGAAAGGCCUUGAUAUCAAAUGCUGAACGGGCUCUCCUAAGCAAGAACUUGGCACUGCUACGAUCUGAUCUUCCAUCGUACAUGGUUCCAUUUUCCAUUGAUGAUCUCAUCUUCAAGAAACCAGAGGACAACGGGGAGAAAUUCACAAGCCUCUUGACAGCAAUGAGUGCUUAUGCAGAAGGAUCUUCAGCAGAUCCAACUAUCAGAAGAGCUCUCUCUCUGUGGAAGACGCUUGAGAAGCCAUAAUUUUGGUGUAUUUUUGUUGCCCGGUCUGAUGGAAAUCAAGAAUGCCGGUUGCGUAAAGUUCAUUUUGUUAAAUUUUUUGGUGUGAGAACGAAUAAUAUAGCUGUAAAACUGGGAACCUUUCAAUUUUUAAUUCAACGAUAUCUUGUAGUCCAUCUUUCAAUGGUAUGCAAGGUCUGGCCAUUUUUUUUUUUUUUUUUUUUU